AUGGAGGAGUUCCUUGAAGCAAUACGCAACCCGUUCUACUUGUUUUAUAUAACUCUUUUAAUGUCAUUGUGCAUUGCUUCAAGCGCAUCUCAAGUUGGUGAAGCUGUAGAAAUUGAGUUUAAAGCUCAUCGAAUGCAGCAGUAUGAAAUAAACGGGAACUUGUAUGGAAGUAAAUCAACCAAGAUUCAGUAUGAAGCUGUUCACUUGGACUCUGGAGCUCUUAGAAAAUGCGUUGUGAUAUCUUGGCGAGAUGCAGCAACAAGAGAUUUAACAGAGUUACUUGGAGUUAGUAUUGGAGGCUUCUUGAUUUUAAUUCCAGAAGAUCUAGACAGCCUUUCUCCAGAAGAUCACAAGUUAUUUGUUGAUAUGGAACAAAAGUUGUCUUUGAUCAAAACUGAUGUGGCAGUUUACGUAACAACUUCAUCGGAACAAGCUCUCGGCGUUUUGCAAGAUGUUAUGGGUUCAGGCUCCAAAUCUACUACUGCUACUCAGCAAUUGGUUCAAAGCAUAUCAGGAAAUACAUUCCAGUUCACCACUACCGGUAAUCCGUCUACUAAUCCUAUUACAACUCCGGGAACCAACAUUAUUGGACAAUUGAGAAGUUCUGAAGCCGGUGCACCAACAAUAGCUUUUGUGGCUCAUUAUGAUAGUCAUGCCGUUUUCCCCGGAGCUGGUGUGGGUUCAGAUUCGAAUGGAAGUGGAAUUGUAGCUCUACUUGAACUUUUAGCUGUCUUUAACAAGUUCUACGAGAACGCUUCUACUAGACCACCAUACAACCUGAUUUUUGCUUGGACUGCAGCCGGAAAGUACAACUUCCAAGGUUCUCGUUCACUCAUCGAUGGUUUUAUUAGUAAUUUGAGCGCCAAUGAGAAGUUACAACUCGCCAUUUGCUUGGAAGCUGUUGGAGGACCUGGCCCUCUCCACAUGCAUGCAUCAAAGCAGCCGUCUGAUGGAGCUGUAGCUGCUCAGUUAUUGAAGCGGUUGAGAGCUGUAACACCUGUACAAGAUGUUAAGCUAGUUACGAAAAAAAUCAAUUUGAAUGCCCCACAUCUUAGCUGGGAACACGAAAGAUUCAAUAUUAAGAGAAUGCCAGCCGUCACACUUUCAAGGCUAUCAAAUCCUGAUGAUUUCUCAAGACGUUCUCUUCUCGAUAAUCCAUCUGAAAUUUCUAUUGACACCCUUGAGUCGAAUAUUAGACGCAUAGCUGAAGCUGUUUUGGGUUUAAUCAUCGCUACUCCUGAAGCUGGUGCUGCUGAUUCUCGUGUCAAGGUGGACACAUCAAUACUUGCGAAAGAUUCCAUAGACAAGCAGAGAAUCGCUCAUUUUGUCAGAUUGUUUGCCUCUCGUCCUCGUCCUUUCACUGAUUCAGAAAUAACGAAGUCAGUUGCUGCUAAUAUUCUCUCUGCUGCUCAAGCCUACUCUACGGCUAAUACCCAAGAAGUAGCCAUACAGGAUGUUCAAGUUUGGGGAGGUGUUACUGAUCGAGUUUUGGCCGAGAAAGUCAAGCCUGCUAUAUUUGAAUUGUUUGUUGCGGGUUCUAUUAUCGUUUAUCUGGCGGUGUUUUAUCAAAUCGUGUCAUUAUCUCAGCGUACUAUUGAAGGUACCGUUGCAUCGCUGAAAAAGCGUGUGUAG